AUGUCAUCAAACCAAAGGAAUACAAAAUUCGUAGUCAUCGAGUUAAUCUACAAGAUCGCUGUUGGACUUCUUAUCGCUGGCCUUCUUGCUGCAAUACUCAUUAUUCUUGUCAUACGACUGCCGACGAACAGUAACAGCGCAUCACAGUCACAGGAUGCUGUUGCCAUGCUGAUUCGAUCAAAUGAACACAUGGCUCAACUUCAACGUGAACAUGAAAAACGUCUUCAAGAACAACAACAAUUGACGCAAUGGAAUUUCACAUUAGAAUUAACAAAAAGAGCAGAGCACUUCAAUGAGAAACAACAACAAGAAGAUCACGAUUGGAAUCAAUUAAAUGCUGAACUGAAUCGAAAUCUCACUGCAACACAUCAUCAAAAAGAGCUCAAAUUUCGUGAAACAGUCGAACUCGCUGCCCAACGACUUAUGGCUCAAGGAAGGCAACAACAUGAAUGGACAUUGGAACAAUAUCGUUCUCAUCUAAUCGAAGAGCAUCGUCGGCAAGAACAAUUUCGACAAGAUGAACAUGAUCUUGAUGAAUUUCUUGAUGCAUAUAAUUUAACUAGUGCACCUAUAUCACUACUUCAACGAAAAGUGUUGAUAAAAGCAGAUACAUGUAAUACUUAUAAUCAUCCACAAUAUGGUAUUGGUCAAUGUAUUGAUGUUAAUCAAUGUCAUAAUGCUUUAUAUCAAUCUGGUUUAUGUGAAUCACAACCAGCGAAUAUUAAAUGUUGUUUUUCAACAAAUCCAAUAAAAGAAGAAUUUCGUGCUGCUUGGAUUGCUACUGUAGCUAAUAUUGAUUGGCCAUCAUCAAGAACAGCUACACCAACUGAACAGCAAGCUGAAUUAAUCAAUAUUCUCAAUACAGUUCAAAGAUUGAAUAUGAAUGGUGUUGUUUUUCAGAUUCGUCCUGUCGGUGAUGCAUUAUACGCUUCAACAUUAGAACCAUGGAGUUUAUAUUUAACUGGUACACAUGGUAAAGCACCAUCACCAUUAUGGGAUCCAUUAACAUUCAUUACAACUGAAGCUCAUAAACGUAAUAUUGAAGUACAUGCUUGGCUCAAUCCAUAUCGUGCUCGAAUGUCUGGUGCAACUUAUGAACUUGCAUCAAAUCAUAUGGCUAAACGAUUUCCAAAAUAUGCUUAUACAUAUAAUAAAUAUAUAUGGAUGGAUCCAGGUUCAAUUGAAGUUCAACAAUUUAUUGUUAAUGUUACUGAAGAUAUUGUUCGUCGAUAUGCUGUUGAUGGUAUACAUAUGGAUGAUUAUUUUUAUCCAUAUAAUGAUGGAACUGAAUUUCCUGAUGCAGAAACUUAUAGAACAUAUCAACAAACAGGUGGUAAAUUAAAUAAAGAUGAUUGGCGUCGUUCAAGUGUUAAUAAUCUAAUUCAAACGAUGUAUACAAGAAUACAUGCAGUUAAACCAAAAGUUAAAUUUGGUAUUUCACCAUUUGGUAUUUGGAAAAAUGGUGUACCACAAGGUAUUACUGGUCUUUCAUCUUAUGAUAGUUUAUAUUGUGAUAGUCGAAUGUGGUUGGAACAAGGUUUAGUUGAUUAUUUAACACCACAACUUUAUUGGCAAAUUGAUCCACCAGCACAAUCUUAUCCUGUUCUUCUUAAUUGGUGGAUACAACAAUCAAAGAAAGGUCGUCAUGUUUAUCCUGGCAAUGGUGUUUAUCGAAUUCUUCCAACUGGUUCGAAUUGGCCAGUAACUGAAAUUGUUCGACAAAUUAAUAUAACUCGAUCAAUGCAUGAACGUUUAGCACUUGGAAAUGUAUUUUAUUCAGUAAAACAAAUUAUGCAAAAUGUUAAAGGCAUUCAAACUGAACUUGCAACACUUUAUAAACAAAAAGUUGCAGUUCCAAAAAUGAAUUGGCUUUAA